AUGAUUUUCCAGUUUCUCUUUGGGUUUCUAACCCUUUUCACUGCUAUUAGUUCAACAGCCAAUGUCAAUGUCAGUACGAAUGCCUGUUAUUGUUCCAAUGUGCUCUCAAAACCUUCAGCGGACUAUCGCCCUGUGCCAUGGGGCACCCCAAGUGUCCAUUUUUCAUCAUUAAAUGGCACGCUAACUGCGUGCUGUGACUCUUUUGACAAGAUUCCUAUCGCGCUCUAUGACAUCGACGAUCAAAUAGUCGAUCUCCUAUCUCGGCGGUUUAGCCGCGUAUGUCCGCGAGGCCACUCCCAUGAGGCCGUCCUCAAGCAGGCAGAGUAA